CUUCUCACCACCACGUCAGACCUUGAGUCUAUCUCAUCGCGCCUCUCUUACCCCACCUCGCUUCGCACCAUGCCCGCAGAAGCGGACGCGCGCGAGCGGCACAGCUCACGGCACAGCCGUGACGAUGCCGACGCCGGCCGCGAGCGCCGCGAGAAGGACGAGCGGCGCUCGCACCGCGACCGCGACGAGCGCGAGCGCAGCAGCCGGCGCCACGACGAGCGCGAGCGCAGCGACAAGCACAGCCGCAGCGAGCGCCGUGACAAGGAUGACCGGCGCGAGAAAGACAGGCGGCGCGACAAGGAGGAGCGCAGGGAGAAGGACGAGCGGCGCGAGAAGAAGGAGCGGCGAGAGCACACGAGCUCGUCGCGCCGGCGCUCGCGCUCGCCGCGCCGCGAGCACGGCAGUAGCAGCCGUCGCGACCGCAGGGAUGACGACGACUCCCGGCGGGAUGGCGGGGUGAUCGACGACGACGAGCGGGAGCCCGACCCGUCCAGAGAGAUGGACUUCUCCAUGCAGGAUCCUGCAUCCACCAUCCCCACGUCCGCCUCGCUGUCGCUGUCUGGUCCCAUGACAGCGUCUCGCCUUGCGUCCGAUGCACUGCCGCUGCCGCGCGACGCACCGACUGCGACGAGCCACUCCGAGGCCGGGCCUGAGCUCGAGCCGCCGCCGCCGCGUCUUGACCCGCUCACCGGCGCACCAGUCGGUGAGGGCGACAUGUUUGCGCGCCUCGGCCGCGACCGCGAGCGCAAGCCGCGCGAGGAGAAGCCGGACCCGGAGAAGCUGCACGUGUCGAAGCGCGAGCUCAAUGAGCAGCUCGUGCAGGGCAAGGCGCUGGACGACUACAAGACUGAGACCAAGGCUGCUGUCGCGCCAGGCUCUGCCGGCCACCAGUGGCGCAUGAUGAAGCUGCGCCGCGUCUACGAGGCGGCUGAGGAAGAGGGACGCGAUGUCGAGGACGUGGCGAAGGAGCGCUACGCCACGCUGGCCGACUUCAACGAGGCUCGCGCCGAGCGGCAAUUCCUCGACGACAGAGCAGGUGGGCGCGCCGGCAGCGGCGGCGGCGGCAACACCUCGAGCGGCCUCUCGAGCGGACGCAACACGCCUUCGGCCAGCGCGCGUCCUAAGGGCUUCAUGUUCAGCUCGCCAGGCGGCGAGGGCAUCAGCCGGCCGUCGUCGCGCGCGAGCUUCCGCAAGCCGGGCGAGUCGAGCGCGCCGGGCACACCGGCGGCCGCACCGACGCCGGCCGUGCGUCGCUUCCAGCAGAGCGGCUACGACACGCCGGGCAGCAAGCCGGGCACGCCGGUGCCCAGCGUGUUCACGCCGACGAUUCCGCGGCGUGCUGUGCAGUCGGGCGAGAGCGCCGGGCCCACCGAUGCCACGCGGCAAGCGGCUGAGCACGUUUCAGGCUCUGCCGAGACCAGCGGCCCCGCGCUCGACACGUCGGCGCUGAAUCGCCUGCAAGCCAAGGUGAUGCGCGCUGAGCUCAUGUCGGCGCCAAAUGCAGCGGCUCUGCGCGAAGAGCUCGAGCGGGAGCGCGCGAAGGCCAGCGGCGGCGACCGCGGUCUGGGCACCAUGGACUCGCAGGGCCACGUGCGCAGUGCCGAGCAGAGCGCAGACGUACAGGUGCUGCCAACUCUGGAUGGACACGGCCGCCUGUACGACGUCGGCACCGGACGUCCUGGCGAAGACGCGCCUGGCAUCACUUCUGGGAACCGGUUGCGCGAGAAGAACAAUCCUGACCGGCAGAAGUUCGAGACGCACGACCCGAAGACGGGCGAGCUGCUCCGCGUCAAUGCCGACGACGACAGCGUCACACUCGCAGAGCUCGUGCGGCAAGAGCGCUUCGGCGCCGGCAGCGCGGACCAGAAGAGCAUGGAUGCCGAGCUUGCGGGCCGCAUCAUGAACGAUGCUCGCUACGACCACAACUUGGACUACAUGGACGAGAACGCAGAGCGCCUGGCGCGCAAGAAGAUGAAGACCGAUGCCAUGAAGCGGCAAUUCGCGAUUCAGGACUUCGCCAAGACAAAGAAGGCACUCGACACUUGCCGCUUCUGCUGGCAGGACGAGGGCGCCGCACCGCCGCGGGCUGCGAGCGUCAGCACCGGCACGCGCGCCUACCUGGCCUUGCCAGAGGGUGCGCCGCUCGUAGACGGGCACUGCCUCAUCGUGCCCAUGCAGCAUCAUUUGAGCUCACUGGAGGCGGACGAUGACACGUGGGACGAGAUCAAGAACUUCAUGAAGUGCCUCAUGCAGCUCGCACACAAGCUCGGCCAGGCGUACGUCUUCUAUGAGACCGUGGCAACGCUCAAGCACCAGAAGCACACGUUCAUCGAGUGCAUGCCGGUGCCGCAGGACGUGCACCCAGUGCUGCCGGGCACGUUCCGCCAGGAGAUCCUCAGCGUCGAGACGGAGUGGUCGCAGAACCGCAAGCUCAUCGACUUCUCGAGCGCGCGCCCCUUCCGCCGCGCCAUGGUGCCGCAGCUGCCGUACUUCAUGGUGCAGUGGGACUACAAAGGCGAGAAGGGCUACGGGCACGUCAUCGAGGAGGGCGAGAACAACAUGGACGCCGAUGGCGACGACUACGGCUUCGCCGAAGGCCAGCGCAGCGGCGGCGCGUUCCCAAAAUGGUUCGCCAGCGAGAUCAUCGGCACGCUGCUCGAGCUCGAGCCGCGGCAAUGGCGCAAGCCCGGCCGGCUCGACCCUCGUCAGCAGACAGCUGCCAUCGCCGCCUUCAAGCAGCGCGGCUGGGACGCGCUCGACUGGACGAAGAUGCUCAGCCAGCAAGCGCAGCCGUCUGCAGGUGCCGGCGCUUCCGGCUCAAGCUGAUGCGCUGUAGAGCAGAAUCAGAUCACAUUCGCAUCACCGAGUCGCCCGUGUCACG